AGCAAAGCUCCACUAACGGCGGUAUGAAAAGCACCACCAGCAACGGUAAGCAAAGCAAGAAGCACAGCAGCCACGGCAAAAAGCUCCGCAUUGGCCAGCAAAGCGCCGCCGGCAAGGGUAAGAAACGCACCGCCAAAAGCGGAGCCGGGGCGGCGGGAGGCAGCGGCUCGGAGGAAGGCAACAGAAAGUGGGAGCAGAAGCAGGUGCAGGCCAAAACCCUAGAGGGUGAGUCCUCCGUCUCCGAGGGGUCCCAAGCUGGUGAAAGCGGUCAGGAGAUUGAAGGACAGAGUCCGGUGAACUCACCGGAACCGGACUUAGCUCCUGAUUAUUCAGAGUAUUUGACGGGAAAGAAACUUCCUCCUGGAGGAAUACCUGGCAUUGACUUAUCAGAUCCCAAACAGCUAGCAGAAUUUAUUAAAGCGAAGCCCAAAAAGUACAAAGAUGACAUUCCAAGACCAGUACCUUGCCUUCAUAAAGGCUGCGGAAAGAUGUUCCGGGAUCCCGCUUCUAUGAGAAAACAUCAUCACACCCACGGUCCUAAAGGCUACAUAUGUGCAGAAUGUGGCAAAGGUUUUAUUGAGAGCUCAAAACUAAAACGGCAUCAACUGGUGCAUUCUGGAGAGAAGCCCUUUCAGUGCACAUUUGAAGGCUGCGGAAAAUACUUUUCCCUGGAUUUCAAUUUGCGUACACAUGUGAGAAUCCAUACAGGUGACAAGCCCUAUGCCUGCCCCUUCGAGGGUUGUGAUAAGAAGUUUGCUCAGUCAACUAACCUGAAAUCUCAUAUCUUAACGCAUGCUAAGAACAAAUAGCCAGUGAAAAGGAGAAAAGAUCCUUUUUUGAUUCUUAAAUAUCUAAGGGUCAUGCUUUCAUAGAUUCGUUUAAAAAGUUAAAAAUAUAUGUUUACAUUGUUAAGAUGUCAUGUUUUAAUAGAGUAGUAAAAGGUUAAAAAAGUGAAAAAAGGUUAAAAUAUGUAUAAGAUUACAUUGUUCUGUAAUAUCAUUUGGAAAACAUGGUGUUUUGUCAAGUUUGAUCCCAAAAAAGGAUAAUUCAUAGACUUCACAUCGAAAGACUUUUUAUGCAACUGUGCUUAAAAUGGGACUUUUCAUAUUCAAGUUCACCUAUUUACAAAUUUUUAAAGUUCUGUAUUUUCCAAAUGUUCAUGUUUAUACUUUUAGGAAUAUGUUUAAUCUAUGUGUGGUUUUUAUGGAAGUUGAUAACUGCUUACUGUAGAUUUUGUUUAUGAGAAUGAACGGUCAUAUACAUACAUGAAGUAUUUUUCUGUUUAAAAAGAGGUUAUAUAGGUUUUGUUUGCUAUCUUAAUUUUGGUUUUAUUCUUUGCUAUUAACAUAUUUUGCAUAACUAUCUUUUAGCUGCAUGAAUGAUGUAUAUGUAGUAUUGAAUAGUAGAUGUGGUUAGUACUGUUAGUCAAUUUAAACCCAUUUUUGUCAAUUUAAACCCAUUUUAGUCAUUUUAUUUCUAAUACUGCCAAAUAGUGUUAUUUAGUGUAAUUUCUUUGCUUCUUCAGUUAGAAAGUGCUGCUCAAUUGUAGUUGUAUUGUUUUUAUAAUGACUUUUAUAACAUUUGAUAUGUACACCUUAUAUAAUAGAAAAAGCAAAAGUGAAAUACCUGUUCUAAAUAAAGAAAAAAAACACUUGCCUGUAUAAAUACCAUAGCUAGAAAACAGGGAGGAUGCUACUGGCAUCUGGGGAGUAGAAGCUAAACAUCCUGCAAUGCAUAAGGAAUUAUCUGCCCCAAAAUGCCAAUAGUAAGAAAACCUGCUCUAGAGAAAGUAAAAUUGUAAUGUAUUCCUUUAAUGUACUUAUAAACAUUAAUGGGCAAGAGGUUGU